AUGGAAGAAAACGAUAAUCAAAUAGGCCAGGCGCAGCAACCUCAACCAGUAUCGAUUCAAUUACCUCCAGUUAAGGAAUUUGAUCCAAAAGGAGAUCCUUCCACGGUAAGUCAAAGAUGGCAAAAAUGGAAGAAAUCGUUCGUUUAUUUUCUGAAUGCAACAGGUAUUCAAAAUGAUAGCCAAAAGAGGGCAGCACUUUUGCAUCUUGUAGGAGAUGAAGUGCAAGACAUAUUUGAAACAUUAGGUGAGGUAGGCACAACAUAUGACCAGGCAGUAAAUAAGUUAGAUAGUCAUUUUGAUAUCAAGAAAAAUAUUCCAUUUGAAAGAUGUGUAUUUCAUGAAACAGGUCAAGAAACAGGAGAGAACAUAGAUUCAUAUGUCACUAGGUUGAAAAAGUUAAUCAUUCAUUGUGAAUAUGGUGAUGCAACACAAGAUGAGAUAAGAGAUCAAGUAAUAGCAAAAUGCAAAUCAAGUAAGCUUAGAAAAAGAUUGCUACAAGAGCCAGAUCUCACAUUAGAUAAAGUUCUAAGAAUAGGAAAGCUCAUGGAACAAUCAGACCUUCAGACAAAGAAGAUAGAACAACAAAAUGGUGCAGGCUCAUCAGCUGACACAAUGAAAGAAUCUUUCUCAGACCUGAAUAAAAUAAGGCAAAAUAAAUACCAGCACAAAGGUAGGCAAGCAAACAGAAAUCAAAAAUACACUCAACAAAGGGAACAAUGUGGAAGAUGUGGAAUGAAGAAUCACAACAGUAAAGACUGUAGAGUGACAAAAGGAAAAAAGUGCAUGAAAUGUGGAAUUAUGGGACACUUUGCAAAAUGCUGCAAGACCAAAAAUCCAAAGAAACCAGAAAAUCAUCAAGUAAGAGCAAGUAAAGUCACAACAGAAAGUUCAAGUGAUGAUGAAACAUCAGUAUUCAAAAUUGGAAGCAAGGAAAGACCAGUAUAUCCAGUCUAUAUAGAUGGCACACCAAUAAAUAUGCUCAUUGACAGUGGAUCAACAUUGAACAUCAUUGAUGAGAUAUCAUUUCAGAAAUUGCCAAAAAAACCACAACUUGAAAGCAGCAAGACUAAGAUAUUCACUUAUCUAGGCAAAGAACCAUUGAAACUAAAAGGAACAUUCAGAGCAAAAGCUGAAGCAUUUGGGAAAGAAACCCAAGCAAAAUUCUAUGUCACAAAAGGUUCAGGGGGAGCAUUGCUAGGACAAAAGACAGCAGAAAAGCUUGAUAUUUUAAGAGUAGGCCCAGUUCUAGGUUCUAAAGCAGAUCCAACAAAUUCACUUCACAAAUCAGUAAAUGAAAUCAGUCAAGAAAAGCCAACUGAACACAAAAUAGAUCCUAAGAUUCAGAAAGUUCUGGACAACAACAGAGAAGUAUUUGAAGGCAUGGGUAAAUUCAAAGACUACAAGUUAAAACUACAUAUUGAUGAAAAUGUCAUUCCGGUUCAGCAGCCAAUCAGAAGAUUACCAUAUCAUACAAGAAAGAAAGUUUCUGCAGAACUAGAAAGAUUGUUGAAAAAUGACUGCAUAGAGAAAGUUAAAGGUCCAAGUACCUGGAUAAACCCAAUAGUAGUAGUACCAAAGCCAAAUGGAACCAUAAGAUUAUGUUUAGAUAUGAGAAGAGCCAAUGAAGCCAUAGUAAGAGAAAGACACCAGAUUCCAAAAGUUGAAGAAAUCCUCCCAGAGUUGCAUAAUGCAAAAUACUUUUCAAAGAUUGAUUUAAAAGAAGGGUACCACCAACUAGAGUUAGCAGAGGAAUCAAGGCACAUAACAACAUUUCUAACACAUGAAGGUUGUUUUCAAUCAAAACGUCUUGUGUAUGGAGUCAGUUCAGCCUUUGAGCAGUUUCAGAAGGUUAUUGAGCAAAGCAUUGCAGGUUGCCCAGGCACAAGGUCAAUAUCAGAUGACAUUCUGAUAUGGUCAUCGAGUAGAGAUGAAAUGGCAGAGCGUCUUGACACGCUAUUCAAAGCAUUGCAUGCCAGAAACUUAAAGAUCAAUCCAAAGAAAUGUGUAUUUGGAACAACAAAGCUCACAUUUGCAGGAUAUUGUCUGACAGACAAAGGAAUUCAUCCAGAUAAAUCCAAAGUGGAUGCAGUCAACAAUGCCAAAGUCCCAACAAAUGCAACAGAAUGCAUGAACUAA